AUGUAUAUUACGCGGAAACUUCCGUCAGCUGGCUGGACAGACAUGUACCUGGCCGACUACAAUCCCACAAAGACCACCAUCUAUAAAAUCCAGCGCAUCACCGCAAGCAACAGCAACAGUCCUCUCGUCACCUCCCUCAAGCUUCCUCCAAAACACCCUCCAACCAUGCAGCUCACCCCCUCCCUCCUCUGCCUCGCGGCGUGCGGCCUCGGUACCGUCUCCCUCGUCGCCGCCGACGCGCACGCCGACACGCGCUACGGCACCAAGCACUGGAUCGGCGCCUUCUGGGACCCUGACAGCUGCGGCAAGGGCAACUACGAGAAGUGCUACCCCAAGAAGGAGGACACGCUGCGGCUGCUCUGGGACCAGUUCGACAAGGCCUUCGAGGACCUGUGCAAGGACGUGUCCUGCGAGGGCUCGUUCGACAUCCACUUCCCCGGCGACGGCUGCGACUCCAAGCACACGGGGCCCAACAAGGCCUACGCGCUGCGGAUCGAGGCCGAGUACACGCACGGCGACCGCGACGGCGUCAAGGAGGCCUACACCAACACCCUCCAGAAGCUCAACAAGCAGAGCACCGACUGCGGCUUCUUCUCCACGAAUGGCGUCAACCAGAUCAAGGUGGAAAUCCCGACGGAUAUCAAUAUUGUGCGCGACACGGGGGAUCAUGGCCUCCGGUCGACGAUGCACAUCAUGCUGGAUACUGGUGGUGAGAGCGCGUGCGGACUGGUUAAUGACAUGUGGGGAGCGGUGGGCGGUUCGAUCCCGGGCGGCGCCAUCUUUGGUGCGAUUCUCAAGGGAACCUGCAGAUAA